AUGGCCCCUUCCACACGGCCCACCGGCAAGCGGCUACCAAUCAGCUGUCAGGCUUGCCGGACGAGGAAGAUUCGUUGCUCCCGCAAUGGACGUCCUUGCCAGACGUGUGUUCGAAGGGGGCUGGGAGCUGUAGAUUGUAUCUACAUUGGGCAGCCGAGACUGUCGUCAGAGAACACAUUAAGCAAGGGCACCACCGUACAGACUAAGCUACACGUCCGAAUCCAGAGCCUGGAGGAUCUGCUCCAGAAGCAAGUUGGCUCGCACCCGGGCUCUCACUCUCCGCUCCUGUCACCGAGCCUGAGCGGGAGUUUCCCCGAGCCGGAUAGUGCCGUUGGUCUAGGGUUAGAAUAUACCCGAAAUUCUCUGCUGAGCAGCGUUGGCACAUUACAAAUCUUUGCAUCAGGACACGUGCGCUACUUACCAUUGACCCCGCAAUGGAGUUUAACCAACCACACGAGCUCUCUAAGCAACCCGCCAGAUAUCAACUCUGAGAUCCCCGAAGACGAUAAUGACCUAUGUAUUCCAUUUGCAGCGAGUGCAACCUCGAGGGAAGAGUUACUCGCUAUUCUUCCCCCAAGCCGGUAUUGCGACAUACUUAAAGAUGUCUACUUUCGCGUUUUCUCUCCUCUCUUCCAUCUGCUUCAUGACCUUACAUUCGAAGCCGAGUACCAGCAGUUCUGCCAUGGCCCUAACAGUGUUAUGACCGCAUGGAUCUCCUUACUGUUUGCUAUUCUCUCCAUUGCCAUAACAGCUCUCCACGACGACGAUCCUCUGUUAUCUGACCUGGGCCGGGAGAAGACUGUCAGUCGCAAUGUCAAAGUUCUCUCCGCUCGCUACCAGUCUGCUACUCUGCGGUGCCUGGCAGCAGACGGAGUAAUGUCCCGCCAUUCAAUCAAUUCUCUGCAGUCCCUCAUCCUGAUCAUCUACGCACGGCUUCAUCGCGGGCUGCCCACUUGGACCCUUUUGGGCUUCACCCACCACGUUGCAACCUCAAUGGGCUGCCAUGUUGACCCGGAACGGUUUGCUCUUGUUCCUAUUGAGCGGGAGGAGCGACGACGCGCUUGGGCUGGAUUGACUAUGCUGUACGUCAGUCAGAACGUCACUUUUGGCAAUCUAAAUCCUGGACUGUCUUCGUUUGGAGUGAAACUUCCUCUCGAUGCCAACGACGUGGAUCUGCUUGCUGGAACGGUCUUGGAACCUGUCCAUCGCCUGACACAGAUGACCUACCUUCUGCUACAAUACCGGCUGCACAAUAUUAGCUCUAUGAUUUGCGACACUCUGUUCAAUUUUCCGCCUAGAUACUCCGUCACGCAGAUUGAAGCCGAGAUUCUCAACGUGCACGAGACGUGCGAAAAGCGCUACCAGCUUGAACUGGGUCCAGAACCUCUUCCUGUUCACCACCUUGCGAACUUUAACAUUCUGUAUAGCUACAUUCACCAGCUAUACCUUCUGCUUCUACGGCCCGCCCUCUGCCAGUAUCUUCAAGGCAACAUCACUCCAGAAACAUGCGCGGCACGGGUAAAGUGUCUCGCGUCGGCGAAAACAUCUCUCGCUAUCCACCAAUCUCUAUACGAAUCUCCACAGUUCGUUUCCUACAAGUGGUUCAACAGCGGCCUGGGAAGCUUCCAUGCCUUCCACGCUGCCGUGAUCCUCUGCGUCAUGCUUAUAUAUCCGGACAACCACUACGAGGCCCAUGACAUUAAGAAAAUCCUCUGGAAAUCUCUCGACAUUUUUGCAUCACUCUCCAACCGAAGCAGCUUCUGCAGCAAAGCCGUGCCUGUCCUUCGGCAGAUCAUGUGA